CCGAGUAUCCGAGCCGGGUUCCUCUUCUAACGGUGUUCGUGUUUCCGGUCCCCAGACGACGUCGAGCACGAUGACCCUGAAUGGCGGAGGCAGCGGAGCUGGCGCGAGCCGCGGCGGGGGCCGGGAGCGCGAUCGCCGUCGGGGCAGCACACCCUGGGGCCCGGCGCCCCCCCUGCACCGUCGAAGCAUGCCGGUGGACGAGCGCGACCUGCAGGCGGCGCUGGCUCCGGACGCCUUGGCAGCGGGGGGGGGCGGGGGCGGGGGGGGCGGGACCCAGGGUCCAGGGCUGGACUGGCCGGAGGGGUCCUCCGACUCUCUCAGCUCGGGCGGCAGCGACUCAGACGAGAGCGUUUACAAGGUGUUGCUCCUGGGGGCGCCUGGCGUGGGCAAGAGCGCCCUGGCCCGCAUCUUCGGCGGUGUAGAGGACGGGCCUGAAGCUGAGGCCGCAGGGCACACGUAUGAUCGUUCCAUCUUGGUAGAUGGAGAAGAGGCAUCGCUCAUGGUCUAUGACAUUUGGGAGCAGGAUGGGGGACGCUGGCUGUCUGGCCACUGCAUGGCCAUGGGGGAUGCAUACGUCAUCGUGUACUCAGUGACCGACAAAGGCAGCUUCGAGAAGGCGUCAGAGCUACGUGUCCAGCUGCGGCGGGCACGGCAGACAGAUGAUGUGCCCAUCAUUCUCGUGGGCAACAAGAGUGAUCUGGUGCGCUCACGUGAGGUCUCCGUGGACGAGGGCCGAGCCUGUGCCGUGGUCUUUGACUGCAAGUUUAUUGAGACGUCUGCGGCGCUGCACCACAACGUCCAGGCGCUGUUUGAGGGAGUCGUUCGUCAGAUACGCCUGCGCAGAGACAGCAAAGAAGCCAACGCACGAAGGCAAGCAGGAGCCCGGCGGCGAGAGAGCCUCGGCAAGAAGGCCAAGCGCUUCCUGGGCCGGAUUGUGGCUCGCAACAGCCGCAAAAUGGCCUUCCGUGCCAAGUCCAAGUCCUGCCAUGACCUCUCGGUUCUCUAGGCCCCGUGGGCCAUCUCGGCAGUGGGCAGAUGAAUGGACGGAUUGGUGGGCUGGCCCAGCCAACUGCCCUAGGUGCCUCGGAGCUACAGCUGGGCAGCCCUCACCUCAUGGUCAUGGACAGACAGACAGUGCUGCCCAGGCAGACAGCUCCAGUGGCCAGUGAGGACUGGACCCACAGAGAUGCGUGUGCAGGCCCAUGUGCAUCCCAAGCAGAAGCCAGUGCCUGGCCCAUGGGGCAGGCCUGUGUGUGGGGAGAGGAGCCCGCCUGCUCUGGAGGGAGGCUGUUCGGUGCCCUGGCUAUUUGUUUACAUGCAGAUUUUUGUAAUAAAGACUAUUUCCUGAUA